AAAAUGAUUCGAUUCAAAAGAACUAUCCGCUCUCCCAGAUGCUUCAUUCGCUCUACAAGGUGCCUGGAGCGUAUUUGAUAGAGCACUAUCACACUGCAUCAUGGCGUCCGAUGAACCUAAAGCCAAAAGGAUUAAACUUGAGGAAAAACAGCUCAGUCAAAAUGCCCUUUUCGGGAUGGGAAACCCCCUGCUUGACAUCUGCGCUGUGGUGGACAAAGACUUUCUAGACAAGUAUGGACUUAAGACAAAUGACCAGAUUUUAGCAGAGGAGAAACACAAGGAAAUGUUUGAAGAGAUAGUCAAGAAAUUCAAGGUUGAAUAUCACGCUGGAGGUGCCACUCAGAACUCUGUAAAAGUCGCACAGUGGAUGAUCCAGGAGCCGCACAAAGUUGGCACCUUCUUUGGCUGCAUCGGGAAGGAUAAGUUUGGGAAGAUCUUGAAGGAGAAGGCAGAGGAGGCCAAUGUGGAUGCCCACUAUUACGAGCAGAGCGAGGAGCCCACAGGGACCUGCGCUGCCUGCAUCACUGGCGACAACAGGUCUCUUGUUGCAAAUCUCGCUGCUGCAAAUUGCUACAAAAAAGAGAAACACCUCGAUCUGGAGGAGAACUGGAAGCUUGUUGAGAAAGCCCAAGUUUACUACAUCGCUGGGUUCUUCCUGACCGUGUCCUUGGAGUCGAUCCUGAAGAUAGCCAAACACGCUUCUGAAAACAACAAGAUCUUCUGCUUGAAUCUGUCGGCUCCAUUCAUCUGUGAGUUCUUCAAGGAGGCCCUGAUGAAGGUUAUGCCCUAUGUGGACAUCCUUUUUGGCAACGAGACGGAGGCUGCCACGUUUGCGCGAGAACAAGGCUUUGAGACUGAAGACAUUGAGGAGAUUGCGAAGAAGGCCCAAAGCUUAUCCAAAGUGAACAAGAAAAGGCAGAGGAUUGUUGUCUUCACCCAAGGCAAAGAAGGAACUGUAAUGACCAAAGGUGACAAGGUGGAAGCAUUCCCUGUCCUGGAGAUAGACCAGAGCGAGAUAGUGGACACCAACGGUGCUGGAGAUGCCUUUGUUGGAGGUUUCCUGUCUCAGCUGGUACAGGAUAAGACCUUUGAGCAGUGCAUCCGUGCUGGACACUACGCUGCUAACGUCAUUAUUCGCCGCGCGGGCUGCACAUUCCCAGAAAAGCCCGACUUCCACUGAUGGGCUGCUGAGAGACCGGAAGAUAUGGCCACCCAAGUGUUU